AUUAUUCCAACAUACUCUGAAAUGGCUUCUUUGCAACACAACCAUGAGAGUCUUCAAGAACUUGCAAAAGAGCUCAAGCUAGUUGUCCCUGACCGCUAUGUUCAGGAACAACAAGAAUCCACGUUUGUCUCUGAGGGUUCUUUGCCUUUGCCCUCUAUCCCACUCAUUGACCUGAAAGAUUUGAUCAAUAUGCAAGAAUCCGAUAUCGAGCAAUGGAAAAAUCUGCGCUCCAUAUGUCAUGAAUGGGGAAUAUUUCAGUUGGUGAAUCAUGGAGUUGACAAACUAUUGGUGGAGAAACUGAAGAAGGAGGUGGUAGAAUUUUAUAAGUUGCCGAUGGAAGAGAAGCUGAGGUACAAGUUGAAGGCAGGUGAGUAUGAAGGUUAUGGUCAAACCGUAGUCAACACUCAAGAUCAAAAAGUUGACUGGGCUGAUCGCUUUUAUAUGAUCACCAAUCCUCUUCAUAGGAGAAAAUCGCACUUACUUCCUCAGCUUCCUCCAACACUGAGAGAUACAAUGGAAAAGUACUUGGAAGAACUCCAAAAGCUUGCCAUGACUUUGUUCAACUUAAUUGGCCAAGCAGUGGAUAUUGACCAGAAAGAGAUGACAGAUGUUUUUGAAGAUGGAUUACAAUCGGUGAGGAUGACUUACUAUCCUCCAUGCCCCGAACCAGAUCGGGUGGUCGGUCUUACCCCUCAUUCUGAUGGUACUGGACUUACCAUUCUUCUCCAAAUCAAUGACGUUGGAGGUUUGCAAGUUAAAAAAGAUGGUGUGUGGAUCCCCGUAAAUUUCCUUCCAGAUUCUUUCAUAGUAAAUGUUGGGGACGUUCUUGAGAUUAUGAGUAACGGUGCAUACAACAGUAUUGAGCAUAGGGCAACUGUAAAUGCAAUGAAUGAGAGGAUUUCAUUUGCUACUUUCUUCAAUCCAAAGCUUGAAGCAAAGGUCGGGCCUGCAAAGAGCCUCCUAAUGAAUACCGGAAACCAACCGCUAUAUAAAACACUCGUAAUGGAGCAGUACCUUAAGGAAUUCUUCUUGAACAAGCUGAAUGGAAAGACAUUUCUUGAGAAAAUGAAGAUUGAAGAUGAAGCCCAUGAAACUUGAUCACAUAUCCAACUCUUAAAUAUGCAUAUUACUCUAUUAAAAUAAGUUACCCGAUUGUCCUAUGUAUAAUUUGUAUAAUAGCUCCUAAAUCACUGUUACCCUUCAUUAGUCGUGAAACUUCUUGUGUUAACCGAUUGGUGCUCUAUUUUAUAGAUUAUUGUUAUAAAACUAAUAUUAGUUAUUAAAGUUUA